CUCAUGAAAAACACCUCUAUUUCAAUCUUCAUUCCUCAUUAGAAAUCUACUUGUUAAUUUGUAUAAUAUUGCCCUAUUGAUAUUUCGCAACCCCAAACAAAAAUGUGGAGCUAGUUGAACUGCAAAGUUAUAAUCUCGAGGAAAAUGUGGGCAGUGGUGAAAAAACAUUGCAUUCAUCGUGGAGUGAAAAAAUCGUUGGACGUAUUGCAAUUGUCUUGCAAUGUUUGUCCACGCAUGUGGGCCAUUGAUUGCACAAGUAAGGGAAUAAAAACGCCUGCAAUCUCUGCAAAGUUGUCAGAGCAAACAGAUUUAUGUACAUUGAAUGAAAACUUUGUAUUCAUUCAUUCAUCUCGUAAGUUCUUCACACUAGCCAUAUAGACAUGAAAGAGAAAAAAUUCAAUAAACAAAAAAGCUUGAAUCAUCUUACAUUCAUUUUAGCAAGUACCAUUGAUAUUUAAAAUCAGCCUAUCCAUUUAUUCAUAUAAGAGACUUUUAAAAUAACCCCUAUUUUAUAUAAGAAACACCUUCCACCUAAUAACAACCUCCAUACAUAAAAUAUAAGCCGUCGGUCAUAUCCUUUAAAAGCCUAGAAAAGCAAAACAAACACCCAAUUUCAAUUCUGGCGCAAAAAUCACGCGAGGGAUUCCGAAACAAGGAAGGCCAUGAUCAAGAAAAUUUCGAAGGAAUAUUGAUUUGUACAGCAUUCUACCGUAGGGGUGGAACUCGCAGAUUAAGUUUUUUACAACUGCAGAAGACUAUCGCUUUAGGGAUUAGCGAGGGUUUGAGAUUCCGUGGAGUUGGAAAAAGAUGAGCAGAAGUUUGGGGAUUCCGGUGAAGCCGCUUCACGAGGCAGCAGGUCACCUUGUGACGGUGGAGCUGAAGAGUGGCGAGCUUUACAGAGGCAACAUGAUUGAAUGCAAAGAUAACUAGAAUUGUCAACUCGAGGGCAUUACUUACUCUGCCAAGACGUAUUUUCUACAUAAAGGCACUUGUAUGGUUGAAGAAAUUUCGGAGUACUAGAGCAGGAUAACGAAGACGUGCAUGACAUUGAUCUUAAAGCAAAGGAUAUGGAUCCUAAGCAAGGGGGUGCAGAUCUAUCUCCAGAUCCAUCUCUGUAUGAUCCCUUUCAUCAUCCUAAGGAGGCUUACAAAGAUCCUGAUGAUGGUAGGCAACGGUUUUUGCUAGAAUUGGAAUUUAUACAGUGCCUUGCCAAUCCAACUUACAUACAUUAUUUGGCUCAGAAUCGUUACUUUGAUGAUGAGGCAUUCAUUGGUUACUUAAAAUAUCUGCAGUAUUGGCAGCGUCCGGAGUAUGUAAAAUUCAUUAUGUACCCUCAUUGUCUGUUUUUUCUUGAACUUCUGCAAAAUGCUAAUUUCCGAAAUGCAAUGGCACAUCCACAAAACAAGGAAUUGGCCCAUCGACAACAAUUUUAUUUCUGGAAAAAUUAUAGAAAUAACAGGCUAAAGCACAUCCUACCUCGGCCACUUCCUGAAGCAGCACCCCCUCCCCCCACUUCUGAAGCAGCUGCUGCACCAGCUCCUGCACAGACAAUGCCACCUGCAGUACCAGCUGUAUCUGGCCUUCCAAAGGUUGAAAACACGCGGGGUAGUGGUGGAGAUCGAAGGAAGAGAAAGCAUGGUAACUAAUGUUGAAGGUUUACAUUGUUGCAUGUUGUACAUCAAACCAUUAUGUCUGGAGGUUAUCUAUAUAAAAUGCACCAGCUCCUGCACAGACAAUGCCACUUGUAGCAACAGCUGUAUCUGGUUCCCCAAAGGCUGAAAGCACAUAGGUUAGUGGUGGAGAACGGAGGAAGAGAAGGCACAUUAACUGAUGUUGAAAGUUUACAUUGUUGCAUGUUGUACAUCAAAUCAUUAUGUAUUAGGAAAUGCAAUGAAUUUCGUAUUAAAAAUUAUUACAUUUGGAAAGGUCCAGAAACAUGCAGGAAGUAAAUAUAAAAGCAGACAUGAAUUGUGCCUC